AUGGCCCCGGAAUUAACCCCGGUCCUAUUCACUAUUCAUUCUUGCCGUAUGCCAGGGUUGCAUGGUAUUUGGCUCUUCGCGGAAUUCGGUACAAACAAUGUAUGCAGCCACCAAUUAUGCCACGGCCGGACCUGGCUGCUCUCGGCGUCCACUGUUUCCAGCCGGAAGCUUGGGGCCACCGACAUAGACGGUGAUGGAAAGGCUCUGGAAAAUCUGCUUGAAUCAUGGUCAACGGAUGGCGGGCUAUUCCUUAACGCUGUUCUCCUGAUGCCGCUCGGCCUUCCGACCCUCAGGGAUCCGGCGUUUUUAAAGGACAGAGCUUCCUUUUUUACCGGGCUGUCAUGGAAGGUUGAGGAUAUGCCCAGCCUUCGAGGCGAGGCACUUGUUCAAGUAAAGCGGGCUUUCGGCUUUUUAGAAUCAACGUUACUGGCGGAUGGAAGGGAAUGGCUCCGCAAGACAGAGAAGCCAACCCUUGCAGACAUACAUGUCAUCCUAAAGUCUUUGCUUGGAGGACCCGAUUCAGACAAGCUCUGUCCAACGCAGAGGCAAAAAUGGGGGAGAUGCUUGUCUCUGGCAACGAUGUGCUUGAUGGACUCUAGUAUCAGUCAUUUGCGGAGAACGAAGGCGAAUUUGACGAUUCGGAUCCACUUGGGCUACAAAAAGGGCGAAGAAGUCAUGGUUUGGCCCACCGACUCAGGAUCAACCCAUAAAGAUGCUGGCACGCUUAUCACCUUGGAUUCGAAGGAGAUCGUGCUGGAGCGAAAGACGGCAGAUACCCUUUUUGACAUCCGCGUCCACUUUCCGCGGAUUAAUUUCAGAGUCGUCUCAGCAGCUAACACGCAAACAAAACUGUGA